GAUUGCUACUGUCUGAACACAGUCGUCUGUAGCGGAGUCAGUGCAGAGGCACAUAGGCAGGCAGCCUGGAGACUUCUACUUAACAUGUUGCGUUUUGUUUUUGGUUUUUGUGUCCGAGGACGCAGCCAGAAGUGGCGUUGGAGAAGCCUGCAGUGGUACAGAUCGUUAAAUGCAAACGGCCAGCUUAAUCAAGUUCCGUUUUCUCUCAGAAAUUCUCCAGCGCUGCCCCCAAGCCGAGCCUUUCAGUCAGCUCAGCGUUUCUUUCCUUCAGACUAUAAAGUGUACCGGCGAUCCGUCUGGUUUCUAGGCUUUGGCAUCGGGCUGCUUUUUACAGUGGGACUCACAGCGAGUGGUUGGCUGAUUUUCGUGAGCAAAUCGAAAUGCGAGAAAAAACCCGCGGUAUCCAAAUCGAAGAGGAGAGACGCGUAUGGAGAUGCUAUAGAAGUGAGCAGGGACUUGCUUCAGAGGCUCAAGGAUGAAGUGGGAGCACCAGGUGUGGUGGUUGGAGUAUCUGUGAAUGGAGAGCAAGUUUGGGCUGAAGGAUUUGGUUUUGCCGAUGUGGAAAAUCGAGUACCUUGUAAGCCUGAGACCAUGAUGAGGAUUGCUAGCAUCAGUAAGACUCUUACUGUGUCUGCUGUUGCUAAAUUGUGGGAGCAAGGGAAGUUGGAUUUAGAUGCUCCAGUGCAGAAGUAUGUCCCAGUAUUCCCAGAGAAAAAAUAUCAAGGUGAAAGUGUCAAAAUUACUACUAGAAUGCUUGUAUCACAUUUAAGUGGGAUUCGCCACUAUGAGAAAGAUCCUAACAAAGUUAAAGAAGAAAAAGAAAAAACAAACCAAAAGCAGAAAAUGAAAAAAGAGAAAGCCAUAAAUGAUGGAAAUGACAGUAAAACAGAACCAGGGAAUUCUGAGAGGAAAAAAUCCAUGAUGACUAACAAGAACCACAUUUCAUCUUCGGACCUGCAACAUGAUAAUGCUGAUGUCAAAGAAAAACCAUCUAAGCUCUCAACAAAUAAAAAAGAGUUUGAACAGGAAGAAUAUUAUCUUAAAGAAAAGUUUGACAGUGUAACAGAUGCAUUAAAACUUUUUAAAGAUGACCCUCUUAUUUUUAAACCAGGAAGCCAGUUUUUGUACUCUACCCACGCCUUUACUCUUCUUAGUGCUGUUGUUGAAGGAGCAUCAGGACAAAAGUUUCUUGAUCAUAUGAUGGCUCUUUUCCAUGAUUUGGGCAUGCUAAAUACUGUUCCAGAUGAAAAUGAUCCCAUUAUUUACAACAGAUCCAGAUAUUACAGAUUUAAUAAGAAAGGUCGACUUGUCAACUGCCCUUAUGUUGACAACUCCUACAAGUGGGCAGGUGGCGGUUUCUUAUCGACAGUUGGUGACCUUCUUCAGUUUGGAAAUGCUACGCUUUACAGCUAUCAGAUGCAGCAGGAAAUAAAUGAAAACUACUGCCAGAACCUUCCUGGUUAUCUCAAACCAGUGACUGUCAAGGAAAUGUGGACUCCAGUGGCUAAUACAGAGAUGCCCAAGGACAAAGACAUGAAAUAUGGAAUGGGCUGGGUUGUUGUAGAGAAAAAGCAACGGUGUGGUAGUUGUCACAUAGCUCGGCAUUGCAUCUCUCACACUGGUGCGGCUGUGGGUGCCAGCAGCAUUCUUUUGGUGCUUCCUGAUGACCAAACAUACGCAACACCUAGCAGUGGACAAGAUACCUGCUCUUUUCCACGGGGUGUAGUGGUGUCUAUUAUCUGCAACAUGCAAUCAGCAAGCUUUCAGAAGACUGCCCAAAAGAUUGCUAUGGAAUUUGAGAAGGCAGAAAGGCAUUGUCAGUAGAAGAAUUUUCUUUUUCUUAAAUAUAUGAUUGCCUAUGGUUUUUAAAAGACGAGAAUUUUUACUUGAAUCAUAACUUGGACAAAACUGGCACAAGGAUGUAAUUGUCUUUCUUAGUUGCAUUUUAUGACCUUCCACAUAGUGCCAUGACUCACUAAGUAUUAUUUGGAAGAAUAAUUUUUACACAUAAUAAUUUUUAGUCUUCUUAUGUAGAAAUAAUCUGUUUUCACUUUUAUAUAUAUAUUAUAUAUAGAAUAUAUAUAUUCUGCUAAAUUGGUACAGAUACCAAAUUUAAACAGGGUUUAUAUUACUGAAUUUAUUACAGUAAUACUAGAGUCUGCUACACAAAUGGUAAUUACCUAAGUUCCAGUGACUUAAUCAAAUGCCCUAAAACAUAAUCUGCAUCUCUCUGUCAAGUAACUUUCAUACUGUCGUGAUGUUACUGUGAAAAGUAAUUUUUUAAAUAAAAUCAUAGUUUGCUGUAACAACA